AUGGAGAUGGAAUUAGAAUUCGAACUUAAGGCAGACACAAGCAGCAUUUCUCUGACUAUUCAACGUACUACUAAUGAUGAUGAAGGAAUAUACUUCUGCGGUAAGUCUGAUGGGAAUGCGAUUCAGUUUUCCAGUGGAACUUUCUUAGCUGUGACAGGUCAUCCUCAGUUAAACAUAUCCGUGCUUCAGACUCCAGUACGGGGGUCAGUUUCUCCAGGAGAGUCGGUUACUCUGCAGUGCACAGUCAUGUCUGAGAUCAGAGCAGCAGAUCUCCGAGUGCUCUGGUUCAGAGCUGCUGCAGGACAAUCCUUUCCUGAAAUCAUUUACACUCAUCAGAACAGCAGCAGCCGUCAGUGUGAGAACAGCUCUUCUACACACAGCUCUGUGUACAACUUCUCCAAGAACAUCCUCGACCACGACCAUACUGGAACUUACUACUGCGCUGUAGCUGCUUGUGGGGAGAUCAUUUUUGGGAAGGGAACAGCUGUAGAACUGAAGAGGUCUGUGGAUUCUACAGUGUUCUUUUUAGGAGCAACUGUGGGAGUGUGUGUGGUUGUGAUAUCUGCUCUGAUCACUUUAACUUGCAAGAGAACAAAGUCUGAACAUAGUAGUGUGAGGCUUCAACAAGGCUCAGUGGUGGAGAACCUUAGCAGUCAGGUCUCUGCUGAUUUAUGCUGCCAAAAGGCUGAGAAUGAAGAGUGGACGCUCUGGACACAGUGUUUACUCUGAAGUCACAUACUUCUCAGUUACUGACCUCCAUUAAACUCUUUAGCUCUUUUCUGCUGUAUAAGCAUAUGUACAUUUUGUGGGAUAUGUUCAUUUUACUGACACCUUCUGUGUUUCAGAUGAGCUCCAGUUCAGCUUCAAACUCCUCUAAAAAGGACCACUUAAUGAAUAAAGACCAUUAUUCAGGAUUUGUCAAUAUUCUGUCUCAAACUCAAGCCUCAAUCAGUAGUUCAGUUAAGCUUUUCUUUCAGCCUCAAUCAGUAGUUCAGUUAAGCUUUUCUUUCAGCCUCAAUCAUAAGUUCAGUUAAGUUUCCUAUGAAACAUGGCUGAAAACGG